UUCACCAACGGCUCAGAUCCAUUUCAGACCUCCGUUCCCGCCGUCAGAUCUAAAUCCCAACAACUAAUGAAUCUGGCCUAAUUUGCCGUCUAUGGGCUGCACCUCCCUCUGCAUUUUGCCUAUAAAUAUCCUUCUCUUCGCCUUCCAACUCGCAACCUGCUCUUCCAGGGUCUUCCGUAUCUUUCUCUCUCUCUCUCUCUUGUCCCCUCGAGUAUCGCUACUCUCAGUCCUGAAGAAAUGGAGACCUUCCUAUUUACCUCCGAGUCAGUGAACGAGGGGCACCCCGACAAGCUUUGUGACCAGAUCUCCGAUGCUGUGCUCGAUGCCUGCCUCGCCCAGGACCCCGACAGCAAGGUUGCCUGUGAAACUUGCACCAAGACCAACAUGGUCAUGGUGUUUGGUGAGAUCACCACCAAGGCCAAUGUGGAUUACGAGAAGAUUGUGCGCGACACGUGCCGUGCAAUUGGAUUCACGUCAGACGAUGUGGGUCUUGAUGCCGACAAAUGCAAUGUGCUUGUCAACAUCGAGCAGCAGAGCCCCGACAUUGCUCAGGGUGUCCAUGGCCAUCUCACUAAGCGCCCUGAGGAGAUUGGUGCUGGUGACCAGGGUCACAUGUUUGGCUAUGCCACUGAUGAGACACCUGAACUUAUGCCUUUGACCCAUGUUCUUGCCACCAAGCUUGGUGCCCGCCUCACUGAAGUGCGCAAGAACGGCACCUGCGCAUGGCUGAGGCCCGAUGGCAAGACCCAAGUUACCGUUGAGUACUACAACGAAAACGGUGCAAUGGUCCCUGUCCGUGUCCACACUGUGCUCAUCUCCACACAGCACGAUGAAACUGUGACAAACGACGAGAUCGCAGCUGAUCUUAAAGAGCAUGUCAUUAAGCCCGUUAUUCCCGAGAAGUACCUGGACGAGAAGACCAUCUUCCACUUGAAUCCAUCUGGUCGUUUUGUCAUUGGUGGUCCCCAUGGUGAUGCUGGUCUGACUGGCCGCAAGAUCAUCAUCGACACAUACGGUGGAUGGGGUGCUCACGGGGGAGGUGCCUUCUCCGGGAAGGACCCCACUAAGGUGGAUAGGAGCGGUGCGUACAUUGUAAGGCAAGCUGCAAAGAGCAUUGUGGCGAGUGGGCUUGCAAGGAGGUGCAUUGUGCAGGUGUCUUACGCCAUUGGUGUUCCCGAACCAUUGUCUGUGUUUGUUGAUACAUACGGGACUGGAAAGAUCCCGGACAAAGAGAUCCUGAAGAUUGUGAAGGAGAACUUCGAUUUCCGCCCCGGGAUGAUUGCCAUAAACCUCGAUCUGAAGAGGGGUGGGAAUGGCAGGUUCUUGAAGACAGCAGCGUAUGGACAUUUUGGCAGGGAUGACCCUGACUUCACAUGGGAGGUGGUGAAACCCCUCAAAUCGAACAAGGAGCAGGCUUAAAUUCACAGAUGGGAUCUUUUACAUUUUGACAUCUGUUGUGGGACGCGAUCCUACUACUCCUACCUUUAAAAGGAUGUUUUCGAUGUUGUAUUGUUUGAUGUUUCAUUGUAUUUGGAAGAAAAAAAAAAUCUGGGGCGAUAGUAGGUUUGUUUGAUUUUUUUUUUGAAAUAUGCCGAGUGAUGAAAAUUGAAGGUGAUCAAAAUAUUAAUAAGAAUCUAAUCAGAAAUACGCAUUCAUUAA